UACACGCAGACGACAACGAAAAUUUGUCAAGUUCAAUUUCACUGCUGCAUGCUUUCGUUUCAAAGGUAUUUUUUGGUCGCAUAAGUUCGAGACAGUGGGUAAAACCUGCAUAGAAUAAGACGUAUUUUAUUUGAAAAUAGGUCAGACAAUUGGCAAUGUAGAAAUUAUUGGCUAUAUUUUGAAGAGCGACUCGAAAUAGGCAAAUAAAUGGCGAGUCACUCUGGUCCGUCGCAUCAUCACGGCCACGGGCAUGGCCAUCACGCUACACACGCUCAAGUCCUCGCAAACCACAUGAAUCAACAUGUCUUAUUGAGUACCGAAGUAACCAAGUUCUUGAAGCAAAAUACGAAGGUUCCGAAAGCCUUGCCAUACCGUGCGGACUGUAUACGCCAGCGUACCAGCACCACGUGUGUGCCACACACUGUCUAUGACUGGAAUGAGCAAUUCACACGCCGACGGAGCCACCUUACAAGGGGCUUUUUCACCCCACAGCAAGUGUCUUAUGAGCCCAUCGGAGAUGUGGAGCUGGACUCCCGCAGCUUGGUUUUCAGAGUUUUCUCUGACUCUUUGCCCAAAAAGAUGCAAGCAGCUAAUUUCUUUUUUGGUAAUCACAAGCUGGGCUUCACACCUCCAAAAACAGCGGAAAAGUCUGAACAAGCCUCAAAGCCCCACACACCCAAAGCGCCAGACAGCCAGCGUGUGAUGAGCGGCCGAACAUCAAAGCUUGACAAGGAGAGCAUCUCCUCUGCGGGUUACACUUAUAUCAAGAAGUAUCUUGAGGAGUCCGAGAAGAUACUUGUGGCCGAGAGAGGCGGGCAGACUUUUGAGAAAUGCGUGGCAGAUUUAGAGAAUGCUAGACGGGAGAGUGAGACCACCGGCACUCAGCAGAGCACCGUUACGUUCUGUCCACCGGCUGGCUUGCCUUAUGGAGGGACGCUAGGCAUGACUUCCUCCCAGUACAGCCAGGCUAGGGCGGCCAGCGUGAUGUCCACCGAUUCCAUGCGGAGUGAUGUCAGCACCAGGACUGCCUCCAAGACCAAGCCCAUUGAUGAUGACGUCGAGGAGGAACUCAUGAGACUGAAUUUCCUCCGCAAUCACAAAGCUGUUGCAGAGAGACUCAAAGCCAUCCACCGUGUACUCAACGCCCUGCACAACAUGAAGAGCAAAGAUCUGAGAACCAGGGUUCCCUUGUCCCACGAGAUGGUCAAAUUCCUGUACCGUCACGUCCCUUACGAGAGACCAGUUUUCAGUCGACUUGCGAGAACCACAGGCCAGCAAGCUACCGCAUCCACAGCCACAGCCCCAAUGGAUCCCAUCCAGUCCUCAGACACAGUCAGCUCUGCUGAUUUCAAUCCAGGAGCAGCCACAGCCAUGAUGAGUAAAUGGACUUCCAAGUCUCACCUCGGCAAUCGGUCCACUGCUAGUGUUAAACCCGCCGACGUACCACCUCUGUCAUCUACACCAGUACAGUGGAGAAAAUUUCGGCAGAACCUACCCUCCUUGCAUCACAAGUCCCGUCCCUCAGACAAGGAGCACAGACUGGAGACUUGGGAGGACUUUCUAGCCGUCCAGACCUCCACUGGCCCCACUGCUGGCCAACAGACACACAGGGGCAGUCUGGCCAGCCAAGGUCAUGUCAACCCACAUGCCCUCGGCUUUGGCAAAUGGAUGGCUACUCAUCAUCGUCACCACCCUGAACGAGAUCACCACCAUCACCAACACCACCACCAAACACCAGCAGCCAAGCAGCCGUACUGGACAACCAUGGCAGUGUCAAGUGCUGACAAAGUUAAGAGACAAGUUCAGACUUCUGGCAGCAGCUCCCAGACAGAUGCCGUAGAUCCUGAGAAGACCUUAAUCACACUCAAGGAGAACUUCUUGAAGGUUCAGAAGAAGAUGGCCAGGGAGUCACUCACAGACAUUGAGAGGAUGGAAAGAGAGCGUUGCCGCACAUUCCGUCAGAAGUUCCAUGCAGCCAAUGAACACCCAGUCUGGGAGAUUGCCGUCCAACACAUGAGGGAGGCUCCUCAGAUCAGCCGGCAGCUGGCCGUGGCCGACGACAGUGACAUGAAGGAGAUCAAACCAUCCAAAUGGUACAUUGAUUUGAAGAAAGAAGUAGAAGAUGUGGUGGGGAAGGAUGACCCCGUCAUCAACAAACUCACGCAGAAACUUGCGAGGUGGUCUCUGGAGGAUGCCAAGUCCAUCCCUAAUGCCAAGGAGAAGCUCUGCCUCCUGGUCAUGUCCAUGCCCGCUAGCGAGCUCCUCACAAUCGAGAUGCAGCAAGCCGUCCAGUUUGUCUUAGAGCACAUCCUCUGGGCUUCCCGUACUUCUUUCUUGCAGUGGCUCAAUCAUCGCAAGAUUCCUGUCAUCAUCCAAACAGCACAUUGAGUGGCCACUAACUUUGGCAUUUUAACAAGGAACCUCAAUUGACAGCAUCUCUAAUAGCCCCACAGCCAAACAACCUGCUCGCCAAAAUCCAACACUUGCAGUAACCAACAAUAUAUUAAUUCUUUGCUCUUCAAAAAGAUAGAUUAGAUUAGAUUAGAAAUUUUAUUGCCCGCAUCAUAAAAUACAGAUAGUUUGUUUUCAUUGGCACAUUUAAGACUGUAAAAUUUAGUUGGGACUUCAAUUAAUUUUAAUUAACUUACAUCUCGCCGUAUCUCCAAAACUAUAUGGACUACUCCCCAGAAACUUAAGAACUGUUGCAUGUUGUACUGUCCAGCUUUCUAUCCAUUUACAAUUUUUUAGAAAAAUCUCAUUUCUAGCUACAUUUAUAAUCAACCUUCGCUAACAGGCCUGCACGUGGGAUUUUUGCACAGACAAAAGAAACUGGCAAUUUUUGUUUUUAUCGCACCUUAUCUCAAAAGCUAUUCAGUCUUGAAACAAUGGGAGCUAUACAGCUUUCUAUCCAUGUAAAAUAUUUCUGAAGUACUUCAUUAUCAAAGAUUAAAAUAUAACUGUUU